AUGUCAUCCCGUUCAAGAGAAGCAGGUGACAUUUGUGCGAUUUAUGUACAUGCAGGUGCGGGAUUUCAUUCCUACCAGAAUGAGAAUGUGCAUCUCAAGGCCUGCAAUGACGCUGCCAAAGUUGCAAUGACCAUGCUCAAGAAUGGAGGGUCUGCUUUAGACGCAGUCGAGAUAGCCCUCAGGUUGAUGGAAGACCGAGAAAUCACUAAUGCUGGAUAUGGAAGCAACCUCACAGUCGAAGGCAAUGUCGAAUGUGAUGCUACCAUUGUUGACCAUCUGGGGCGCAGCGGAGCAAUUGGAGCUUGUUCUCAUGUUCGAAAUCCCAUAUCAGCAGCCCGCAUUAUCCUCGAUGCCCAGGACAAGCGACUGUCUUUACAACGGGUACCACCAAACUUCCUGGUCGGCAAGGGAGCUACCGAAUUCGCCUAUCUACAGGGUCUACAAAUAGUAGAAAAUGAUUCGCUGGUUUCCCCAACUGCCAAGGCUCGAUGGCUACGGUGGCAGCAAGAAGUUGAAUCAGCCAGGCAGGAACAAGAAGCUCAAAGUGUUGCACAAACCACGGAGGAGAUCGUACAAAUAGAAACUACUACCAGCUCUGUCAGCUUCUCGACAACGGUCAAUCCUGCAAUGCUUAUGACGCCGCCUUCAGAUCUUCAUGAUAUAUCGACUUCGAAAGAGCAAGACACAACCGUCGUCCUCCCUGAACCUGCGUUAGUCCCGACGGAUGGUACGCACCAUAUAAACGAGAGUAUAACAUUUGGACCCAAGCAGACAGGCCAUGCCACAGAAGACAACGUCGACACUAUUACUGAUACCAUAGGUGCUAUUGCUGUUGACUCCUAUGGUAGAAUCGCAGCAGGCUCGUCAUCUGGUGGGAUUGGCAUGAAACACUCUGGACGUGUGGGGCCAGCAGCCCUGGUAGGCAUCGGUUCAGCAGUGAUUCCUGAAGAUCCACAAGAUCCAGAGAAGACCAGCGUGGCUACAGUUACAUCCGGAACAGGCGAGCAUAUUGCGACGACUUUGGCUGCGAGCACCUGUGCCAAUCGAAUCUACUAUAGCGACCGUAGAGACGAAUCCGGAAUGACGGAACAUGUCACCGAAGAGGAGGCAAUCAAGGCCAUGGUGGAUGUAGACUUUAUGGGUUGGUAUGCUGUCUUCUAA